UGCAGAUCAUCAGUCUCUCUGUGGACUCGAACCGGCAGCCGUGUCAGUCGCUCUGUUGAUCCGGAUUCUACUCUGAUCCCUGAAGUCUGGACCCAACCAUGAGUGCAAGCGUGUGGAGUUACCAGGUGUUGGUGUGCGUUGUGGUGAUUUUUGUGCAUACAGGUUGCUGUCAAAAACCCCGUCGUCAGUCUUUACAGAAGUAUGAAAAGAGUGAGAACCACAUGCUGAUUUGCACAGACUGUCCUCAAACUCCAGUGGUACAAAAUAGCCGCUCACAAGAGCACUGCGCGCGAAAAUGCAAGAAGAAAAACUUCAUUUGCAGAGCUUUCAACUUUCAAAAGGACAACAGGAAAUGCCACUUGCUUCCUUUUGACCGUUUCACCCACGGUGCGCAGAAGCAGGCCAACAUCAACUUCACUUUAUGCGAGAAAAAAGAAUAUAUUAGAGAGUGCAUCAGCGGCACCAAGGACAACUACAGAGGGAGGAGGUCUUGGACGAAGUCAAACAUCACUUGCCAAGCUUGGUCUGAUAAUAACAUCAAUGAACACACGUUUUACCCAGACAGGUACCCAAUGCAAGACCUGAGGGAAAACUUCUGCCGGAAUCCCAACAACGACCCUGGUGGUCCAUGGUGCUACACCACAGACCCCAAUGUACGAGCUGAGGAGUGUGGAAUACCACAGUGUUCACAGGAAGUUUGCAUGAGGUGCAAUGGGGAGGAUUAUCGAGGCAAAGUGGACCAAACAGAAAGCGGCAAGGAGUGCCAGAGGUGGGACUCAAAAUGGCCUCAUGUACACCCGUUCCAGCCCAAAAAGUAUCGAGAUAAAGACUUAAGGGACAACUAUUGUCGUAACCCAAAUAACCGUCUGCGGCCCUGGUGCUACACCAUGGAUCCCAGAACUCCGUGGGAGUACUGCAACAUUACCAUGUGUGACUCAGACCACAGUGAGGAAAUCGAUGUCAACACAACAACGUCCUGCAUCCAGCAGGAUGGCACAAAUUACCGCGGGACGAUGAACGUCACUCCAGAGGGUGUGACGUGUCAGCGGUGGGACUCCCAGUUCCCCCACAACCACUCGUUUCUCCCUGUGAACUUCAAAUGCAACCAAUGUGUUUGUUACAGAGACCUUCGGGAAAAUUACUGCCGCAACCCCGAUGGAGCAGAUUACCCAUGGUGCUUCACCACAGACCCUGACCAGAGGAUUGCAAAGUGCACCCAUAUCCCCAGAUGUGAUGCAGAAGCCACACCAAAAAUAGAUUGUUACGAAGACAAUGGAGAGAUGUACCGAGGCGCCUUAUCGACAACUCGAUCAGGAAUUCCCUGUGCAGACUGGGCUCCUCAUAUAAACAGUGGGGAUUCUCACUCUACAAUAUCCCACGUAGGGCUGGAGAGGAACUACUGCCGGAAUCCAGACCGAGACAAACAUGGCCCCUGGUGUUACACGAGUCCAAAUAACCGCUUGGUCUGGGACUACUGCAAGCUGAAGCAAUGCGAAUCAGCAACCGUGGCUCCUCAACCAAACAAUCUAACGAGGCCCAAGAUAUCAUGCUUUGUGCAUAUAAACACCAGAAUAGUUGGAGGACAUGAAGUGCAAGGAACAGAUGGCGGCUGGGUUGUGAGCAUUCAAAGAAAGAAGCUUCAUCGGUGUGGUGGAUCACUGAUCAGAGAGGACUGGGUCUUGACCACCUAUGAGCAGUGCUUCACGUCCUGUGUUCCAGACCUCAACGAUUAUAGCGUUCAAGUCGGGCUGCGUCACCUGAACGAAUCUUCAAACCGUCCUAGAUUGGGAAUUUCUCGCCUGAUAUGUGGCCCAGAAGGAUCUAAUCUGGUUAUGUUGAAACUAGAGAAUCCUGCUCCGGUGUCUGAAGGUGCGUCGACUAUUCAUCUCCCGGUAAAAGAGUGUCACAUCGCUGAGGGCACCAACUGCACCAUGUACGGAUGGGGGGAGACAAAAAAUACAGGCCUGGAUGAAGCUCUGAACUCCGUGACAAUGCCCAUGGUCGACAAUGAAAUGUGCUCACAGAUCAAAGGGGAUGCAGAGAAGAGCAGAAUAUGCGCUGGAGGCAACAUAGGUGAAGGUGUAUGCGAAAGAGAUUAUGGCGGCCCGCUGGUUUGCCAGGAGCAUCAACGAAAAGUUAUCGUCGGUGUGAGCAUCCCAAGGACUAAAUGUGCCUCUGCGCAACCUGCCCUGUUUGUUAAUGUUGCGUUCUAUUCAGAGUGGAUUUACAAAGUGUUUAGACUUUACCCCAGUUUGCCGAGGAACUGAUGGGGCGGUGUAGGGAAGAGUCCUGUUGUGGACGCUGCACUGGGCUGCCGACGAAGAGGCAAUCGGGACCAGAAAGCAUCGCAAGUCCUCUUCAAGCUGAACCAAGCAAUGAGGAAAAACUACCUUUGGGAGAGUUGCCACUCUGUUGGCACUCAGAUUUAAAAGAUGGAAUGUACCCACCUUAAAAUUCCAGGUGUGCUUGUUUUGGCGACUAUAGUCUUUGGCACAUGUGUCAAGCGUCUUUGUUGUGACAUGUUCAGAAUUUCUAAAUUUAUGCAAAUAAGGCAUCACAAAAGUUGUUUGUGAGUCAGAUGGUGACCUUAUCUCCUGGAAUGUACUUGAACCUGGUUCCUGUGAUGGCUACCAGUAAAGGUAGCUCCUCUUCAACUGGGAUUUCUGUUUCUUUCAAUUUGUUUAGCUGGGCUACAAAUUGCUUUCUUUUACUUUAAAAAAAUUGUAUGGGAAAGAUGAAACAAUGCUGAAGGCCAAAAGUUCCACAAUCCAGCAAUUAGAUAAUCAGACAUGUGUAAGUUUAAGUUAAACUAUAAUAAAUAUAUUAAACAAAUUUAUCUACCUAUCUUUUUCUCUCUAUCUCUCUCGGUAUCUCCAAAUAAAUAGGUGAUAAUUUAAAUCAAUGACUUAAAUGUAUAUUAUAAAUACACAAGUCUUGUAAAAUAUAUUAUUAAUUAGGAUCAUUUGAAUUUAUCCUAUGCUAGAAAUAUAAAUGUAACUAUUUAUAUAGCAACACAUUAGCAUGAUUAAUUAAAGUUUUAGUGUAUUCAUUAUGGUUUAUUUCUAAACACACGUGCAUCAAUAUUUAUCUGUCAAAUUAUUUAUUCUUUUAUUGUGGCACUUUUGGCCUCCAGUCCAGUGUAUAAAUGGACUCAUCUGCUCUGGUUGUCAGGUACUUUGCAUAUAUCACAGCUGUUAGUUGUUUCAGUGUUAAAAGCAUCAAGCAGACAACUGCGGAAACGGCUAAAAGAAUGAAAACGUAAGCAUGAAAAUGUCAUUAGAAAAUUCCUCGUAGGCUCCCUAUGAGAAAAUAAGUAAGUCAGAUGGUUUAUGAAGCCAAAACUGUCUGACUGUAGGUCCAGCGGAGUUAGAAAAAUUGGACUUUGGAUACAUAAAUCGUUAAUAUGAGUACAUCGAAUACACAACAGCGGCAACCGUGGCCAACCUGGCAGAUUUAAUUGUGUGCAGUAGCCGAACUACCUUUUCCCCAGUUAACUGUAACUGUUGGUUUCCCCCCCGAGAGAGAGAGUAAGUAGGACUGAGCAAACUGCUCCAGAUCUUAUGCUAAUAUUUGUAGCAUGAGAGAGAGAAGAGCCAUGCCAAAUAUAACAUGGCUGUUUGGUAUCCAGUUUGGAGGGAACUGUGGCCCCUGGUGGGCUGUGUGUGGUCAGUAGAAUAUUUUUUCUUCAUUUAUAUAAAAAGUGAGUGUGUGUACAGAUCUGCAGAUUUAUUUUUUUUUCCAUUGUGACAUUGUGUACAUUUUUAUAGGUCUUAUAGAUCUGGAUUAUUGUUGGUUCAUUUAUAGGCUUCGGAUGGGCUUCUUUGAACUUCUGAUUGUGUGGAAUAUUUAAAAAAGCAAAAACUUACUAGGAUGUAGUAAUUUAUAUUUAUUUUUUUAACUGAGAGGACAAAAAUUGUCAUAAUUGGGUUCAUAAUUUGAUGGUAUGCUUACUUUGCGGGUCAUAUUACAAACAUGGUAUCAAAAAAGUUGGAAAGCUGGGCGAAAUGUGAAGAAAGCAAAUAUACGGUUCACUCAGAUUCCUCAAAAACACAGAGAUGGCUCAUCAGCUGCUGAAAUGUGGCUGAAAGAAGGUUUGCAGAGUGAGAGGUUUCUCUACUAUGCAAAAACAAACCGUGUUGUGCUGUUAUUCUUCUAUCUCCAGCACGUGAUCUCCAUGAGUUUCAGCUUUCUGCCUUGAUCCGACAAACCAAAGUGUCACUUUCCAUCUCUUUUCAGUUCAUUACAAAUGAGAUAAACUUCUAAAAUGGACAAGAACAUUUCAGGACUUUCUUUUCUUGUUUUCUUCCUCGUUUUCUGUUGUAACUUUUUGGUUCUUUUCUGAUUAUGUUGCAAAAGCAGUCGGUAAAGUUUAUGUCUUUACCUUUUGCUGCCCAAAAGAAACAUUGCAAAUCUUCUGCCUUCAAGAGUCUAAAUUCAUUUUUAUGAAUAUAUAACUGGUGACAAUAUUACAAUGUAACUGCAAAUCCAAACUGCUCAUGUACAUUUUACAAAUGAAAUCCAGAAAAUGUGCAUCUCAGCUGACAGGUGAAACCAAAUGCCAAAUGUUUUUAUUUCCAUGGGAGUUUUGUUUUGACUAUAUCCUGAAUGUGUUGCAACUGUUAUUUAAUUCAGCCUAACGUAAUGUAAAUAUGUAGAUAUGAGUUGUAUAUUUUGUGAACAGCACACUUAUGAAAUACAGCUGCUAUUUCUUUUGUAUCAUGAUAUUUUUUAGAUUUUUGUAUCCUUUUAUAUUCAUAUUUUUAAUAAACAGCUUUACAGUGGCCCGC